AUGCAAAAAGAAGCAAUCGAUGCCUUAAUUUAUUACCACUCAGUAAGAGUGCCACUUAAGGUCAGCUUUGUCGCCAGGCCCAAAGAUGUUAAAGUCGUAAUUACUAAAAAACAUCUUACCUGCGGUAUUAAAGGUCAACCACCAAUUAUAGACGGCGAUUUUCCGCAUGAAGUUAAGCUUGAGGAUUCCACUUGGGUUAUUGAGGAUGGCAAAACUUUGCUCAUAAACUUGGAAAAGUGGUGGUCACAUAUUGUCACAUCAGAUCCGGAAAUAAGUACCAAGAAGGUAAAUCCAGAGCCGAGCAAACUCUCAGAUCUUGAUGGAGAGACUCGCGGUCUUGUUGAGAAGAUGAUGUACGAUCAGCGGCAAAAGGAGCUGGGAUUGCCGACAUCUGACGAACAGAAGAAGCAAGAUGUUUAUGCAACAGCAUCCAGAGAUGGACUUUUCAAAAUAAUUAAGUCGCAGAUAUUUUUAUUCCGUUCAGCUAAUUGUAAGGAUCUAGGUCAUUAA